AACUUUCAGCACCUUCUAGAUCCACUAUCGGCUGACCGCCUAAAAGUUGACAACACCGCCUACAGCUCGCUGUUCGGCGCAUUGCUAGCCGUACGUCAUUUUGACUUUUGUUUCCGUCCAUCUCUCACCUCAACCUCCAAACAUCAAAGCUCCUACGAACCUAAGAGACUCUGGUCGACAUCUCGUUAAUCGACAAGAGGGAGAAUCAAGACGACCGGGAUCCAUACGUCUUCUCAACCCAUCAUAUCCUACGACCAAGCAACCUGUUAAUUCUCCUCAGAGUUCUCGGGUUAACGUUCACACACCAGUCGACCUAAACCCCCCCUAUAUCAAGUUCAAGCUAUCCCGCGACAUCCGACCCACCGCUUCCAUACCUCCCACCACCACCACCACCACAAAUUACCACCCUCACACCACAACACACACACAAAAUGGCCCGCAACUCCUUCUCCCCCUACGCCCCCCGCCGGCGAUCCAACCGCAUGGUCCUGAUCUGGGUCACCCUCUUCUUCUCCAUCAUCAUCUUCAUGUGGUGGGUGCAGACGCGGCACCGGGACGUGUUUGCCCGGGGCCCGAGGAUGGAGGGCGAUAACCGGAGGAGGUUUGGAGGGAACGGGAACGGUAACGCGGGGAGUGGGAGGAUUUUGGAGGAUGAAUUUGUUACCAACCAACCGGCGAUCGCAUCACCACCCAAGGACCCUUUUUGA